AUGGCCCUACUAGGGUGUUGUUUGUUUCUCAUUCUUUUCCUACUUGGAUUAGCAGAAUCACAGUCUCAAACUUUCAACCACCCUUUUAACCGCACAGACAUACAAGCAGCAAUAGGUGACAUGAGAGCAAAAUCUUACUAUGGAUUCGCGAUGCUUUUGCAGAUGCUGAAUGGAACAUCACAGCCAAAUAAUAGGGACUUAACUUUCUUGAUGCCAGAUGAUAAAGAACUAUCUGCUUCAUCCAUUUCUAUUGAUGAAGUGGAAGAGUUCUUACUAAAACAUGCUAUUCCAAUGCCUCUAUAUUUUAAUGAUUUAUCUCAUUUUCCAACUGGGACCCUUGUUCCAUCGGGGAAUAGAACCCAAAUGAUUAGGAUCCAUAACCGUGCCAGGGGGGAUUUCUUUGUUAAUAAUGCUCAAAUUGUUUCUGCUAAUGUUUGCUUGAGCUCUGUGAUCAAGUGUCAUGGAGUUGAUGCAAUAAUUGAAUAUGAUCAUGGUAAUUGA